AUGGCAUUUGCGCCUGAACUGCGUACACACGCCCAACACGUGUGCACACUUUAUAAACAAGCUAUGAGGAAUAUAGAAGGAUAUUACGUGGGAAGGACCUUAAUACGCUACCAGCAAGUACAAUUGCGUGCCCGUUUCGAUGAAAACAAGGACGUCUCGGAUCCAAAGGAGCAGCGGAGAUUGCUCUGGGUUGGUCGAGACGAGCUCUUCCUCAAAAAACAUCCUUUACCACUCGCUAAAUUUGCAAAAUCUCUGGGCAUUGCUGGCGGCGUGGCUUAUGCGCGCGUAGUAGAACCUCCUGACUGGGUGAUGGACUACUGGCAUCCUCUAGAGAAAGCACAAUAUCCAGUCUACUUCAGGACACGAGAGGAACGCAAGUGUGAGUUCAUUGACAAGUGGUACAGAGGUGAAUUGUGUUAA